AUGUCACGAGGUACAAUGAAAGCAGCCAAUCAGAUUGCUUCUUUCAAAUGGACCGCACGCGACACUCUUCAUCGCACAAAACAAGAAAUGGAGGAUUAUCUCAAAUACAUUGGGGCAGGUGUAGUUACAAUUGGUGCUGUCUCUACAGCACUCCUCCUAAAAGCUACACCUCAAGCCAUUGAGCCUCUGGUUGAUCUCAACAAACAGUCAAUUGUUAUUCCAGGACCAGAACGUGCCCAUAAAUCCUGUUUAUUAGGAAGCCAGACUCAUGAAGAUUCUUUAACUGAUGUAACAACCUUACAUGAAGCAUUCAAACGUGGUGCACGCUUAUCUGAUAAUGGCAGAUGUAUUGGAUGGCGGCCAGAUCCUCAAAAACCAUACUCAUGGUUAUCCUAUAACGAUGUAAGUAUUUACCUAAUAUUCUGUUUCUGUGCCAAGUUCAUUCUUUUGGCGGCUUUUCUCUCUUUCUGUCUCUUACUAAGCAUCCAAAUAUUUGGAGGGAAGAUAUUUAAAAAAAAAAAAAAUUCUAAGAAUUUUCAAAACUUAAUCUAA